AUCUGUCAAUUGUCAUCUGACUACCAUUGCCAUUCGCAGUGUUUUCAAUUUUCAUACGAGUUUUAUAAUGAAUUUAUUUAAAUAAUUUACAUUUGAACUUUGUACAGUAAUUCAAUAUGUCCAUUAGUUUAUUAAGAACAAUACGUAGAACGGUAGUGGUUUGUAGUUUUCCUAAAAUCAUGGUUUCGCGGCAGUCUAGUGAUAUGCCAAAGUUCAGGGAAGCAUUAAGAUCGGCUAAAGAGAUUGUUGUCUUAUCGGGAGCCGGUAUUAGUGCAGAGUCUGGAAUUCCAACGUUUCGCGGUGCAGGUGGAUUGUGGAGGACAUACGAGGCGACGUCUCUUGCUACUCCUGGAGCAUUUCGAAGUAAUCCUAGCUUAGUUUGGGAAUUCUAUCAUUAUAGGCGCGAAGUAGCAGCUAACGCACAACCGAAUGCUGGUCAUUUAGCCAUUGCUCAAUAUGAAGCUAAGCAUGGAGGUGAUAAAAAAAUAACAGUAAUCACACAAAAUGUUGAUGGAUUACAUGCCAGAGCUGGUACUACUGACUUGAUCGAACUCCAUGGAAAUCUGUUCAAGACUAGGUGUACUAAAUGUAAAGAGGUUUUAGUCAACAAUGAUAGUCCUAUUUGUGAAGCUUUAGCAGGCAGAGGUGCUCCAGACUUGAAUGUAAGAGGUUCAGAUAUCCCAAUCAGCUCUCUACCACAUUGCCAGAAACCUAAAUGUGGUGGUCUACUGAGACCACACAUUGUAUGGUUUGGAGAAAAUUUAGAUAUUGCUGUGUUAGACAAAGCUAAAACAGCAAUGUCCACCUGUGAUGUCUGUUUAGUAGUGGGUACAUCAUCAGUAGUGUACCCGGCGGCAAUGUUUGCGCCAGAGGCGGCCGCCCGAGGAGCAAUUGUAGCCGAGUUUAACUUAGCACCCACUCCUGCUACCUCCGAGUUCCACUUCUACUUCCAAGGACCUUGCGGCACUACACUGCCAGAGGCUUUGUCAGAAUAGACAAAUAAUGUACAUACUUAUUAACAGCAGUCACUAGCAUAUCAACCUACUCCAAUCUGUGAAUGUUUUCAUUGUAUUUUCGUCUUUAUAGUUUAACGAUAAAGUUGAAAAUCGAAUAAGACAAAAAGGAGUAGGUUCAUUUGCUGGCCACUGUAUCUACUCUAAGUCAUAUUAUGUUGCUAAGCAAUAGAUAUAACUUUAUGUAAAGUAAGGAGCAUAGCUCAAUUGAAAUAAAUCAACAGUCUUAACCAAGUUGGACUGUCUACAAUUUGUUGAUAUUAUAGAAAACGAAGUGUGGGUUUUAUUCAUUAUCACUACCAAGUCAUGUGGUGAACGUAAACAAAUCAAUAAGUCGAUUGAUAGACUACAAUCUUGGCUUAAGCUGCAGUUUUGAUAAGUCACCUUGAUAAACUGCACCUAUAAUAAUUUUGUAUUACUUGUAGUCUUGUAGAUAAUAUAUGUAUGUACAUAAUUGUAUAUUAUGUUUGUGAAGUUAGGAUAAAAGUUAAUAAUAAGUUAUGAGCUUACAUACUUAGUAUCUGUUAAUCAUCAAUCUAGAAGCAAUGGAACAAACUAUAUUGUCACAAACUGAAAAGACAGAUAAAAACCUACAAUGUUCGAAAGAAUUUUGAAAAAUUAACCCAUAAUCAUUGUUGGACCAAAUUCCAUCUUAUAAUUUUAAUUUUGGCAAUACAUGAGUAUAUAGUACAUAGGUUUUUAGUGAUGUUAUACUUUGAGUUUGAAAUGACAAUACUCAUAUUGUAGAUUGUAGAGAAUCAAAACUAGCAAAAAUCCCCUCUGUAAAAGGAAAUAAAAAUGCUUUGCGUGAACUUUCCCCUCACAUAAACACACACUUUGCUAAAAACUCAAAUAAGAUUUAGACAAACUACAUUUAGAAAUUUGGAGAAAUUAAACAAUUCUUUAGCUAGUAAAUUAAGUAUAAAAACAUUUGAUAUUAGUAAUGUGAAUAAGUUGUACAACGAUUUCUUUGAACUAUUAAACAAGGAAUUUAACAAUAUUUUGCCACUCAAAAAUAAAGAUAUUCAUACCAAAUUUGUAUUUAGCGAUUGGGCUACUGUAGGUAUUCGAAAGAGUAGAAAUAAACUUUUUGAUCUUUAUGGCAUGAAACCAUAUAAUAACGACCCCCAUUUUCAACAAUAUGUAACGUCGUACUCAAAGACUUUUAGAUUAGUGUGCAAAGCCGCAAAACGUCUUUAUAUCAGCAAUAAAAUAAAAUCAGCUGAUGACAAAAUAAAGACAACUUGGAAAAUUAUACAAAAUGAGACUGGUAGGAAAAAAAUACAUAAUUCAGAAAUUAAAUUAAGAUCUGAAAUUGGACAAAUUUCUUCAAAAUGUGAUGUAGCACAGGAGUUUGAAAAUUUUUUUACUAAUAUUCCUAUUAAAAUAACUAGAGAUUUAAAUUCUUCAGCUACACUCUCAGCUAGUUUGCUUAAAAAAAAUGUAAAAUCAUGUCAACAUGACUUUAUUUUUCAAUAUACGAAUCCUCUAGAGAUCGUAAAGGUCUUUAAAGAAAUUAAAAUAAAAUCAACUGAAGAUCUUUGGGGACUAUCAGUGAAAGUCUGCAAAACAAUUAUUCAAACUAUAGCGCCCUGUCUGGCUAUGAUUUUUAAUAAAAGUAUAGAUGACGGUGUUUUUCCUGACCUUAUGAAAUAUAGCAAGGUUAUCCCACUAUUUAAAAGCGGCGAAACCACAGAAGCUAAUAAUUAUAGGCCUGUAUCUAUUUUGCCGGUCCUUAGCAAAGUGUUUGAAAAGUUGAUACUGUCUCAGAUGCUUCAUCAUUUUAAUAAAAACUCCAUCUUCCACCAUCAGCAGUAUGGUUUCACUAAAGGUCGUUGUACAACUGACGCCGGUGUUACUUUAAUGAAAGAAAUAUUUGGUGCCUGGGAGGAAGCACAGGAUGCCAUAGGUGUUUUUUGUGACCUCUCAAAAGCAUUUGAUUGCGUUGACCACGAGACACUUUUGCUGAAAUUAAAUCAUUACGGGAUUAGAAACACUGCGCUCCGUCUAUUGAAAUCAUAUCUAGGAGAUAGGCAGCUAAAAGUUCAUAUUAACGGUGUUAAUUCACAAGGGUCUGAGAUAAAAAUGGGCGUUCCUCAAGGUUCAAUAUUGGGUCCUUUCCUCUUCUUAGUGUACAUAAACGAUUUGCCACUCAUAUUCGAAAAUGAACCAAAAAUGGUUCUGUUUGCAGAUGAUACAUCACUGAUUUUUAAAAUAGGUCGACGUACGAAUAAUUUUGACGACGUGAACAGCUCCAUUCUUCGAGUCUAUGAGUGGUUUACUAUUAAUAACUUGGCGCUUAAUGAGAGAAAAACCAAAUGUGUUAAAUUUUGCUUGCCAAACGUACAAAAUAACGAAUGUUAUGUUGCUUUGAACGGACAAAAGUUGGAAUUUGUUAAGGAGACUGUAUUUUUGGGUAUCACAUUAGAUGACAGAUUGCAAUGGGGGCCCCAUAUAAAAGCACUUUCGGGGAGACUAAGCUCAGCUGCUUAUGCAGUUAGACAGAUUAGGCAGCUAACGGACGUAGGUACGGCAAGGCUUGUUUAUUUUAGUUAUUUUCACAGCAUAAUGUCUUACGGCAUUUUGCUGUGGGGGCGAGCUGCGGAUGUAGAAUCAAUUUUUAUUUUGCAAAAGCGAGCUAUUCGAGCAAUAUAUAACUUGCCCCGUCGCGAAUCUUUGAGAGAACUAUUUAAAACUAUAAACAUUCUUACAGUGCCUUCUCAAUUCAUUUACGAAAAUAUUAUGUACGUGAGAAAAAAUCAACAAUUGUUUGAAAAAAGAAGCGACAGACACAAUUUUAAUACGAGAGGUAAAAAUAAGUUAGCUAUACCGCAAUUCCGAUUGUCCAAAGUGCAGAAAUCCUUCAUGGGAUUUUGUGUUAAGUGUUACAAUAAACUACCAACCACCAUACUGAAUCUGAACGAGAAAAAAUUUAAAUCUUGUAUAAAGCGUGAACUGUGUAAACAGGCAUAUUAUAAACUGUCAGAUUAUAUUGAAGAUAAAAAUGUGUGGCAGCAUGUUGGUCCGGCUCCACUGGACACUCGCUCACACUAGACAAUGCUCUAAGACGAUCACUAGUUACACGUUAAAUUAAAGUAGUAAUUUAUUCCAAUGUAGUCUAGGGAUCCUGUGGCAUCAAGCAGUUAUUUAUUAUUUUUUUAUUUGAAAAAUUAUAUUAAAGAUUAUUUUUUAUUUGUAUAGAAGCAUUAUUUCAAAAUUGUAAGUGUACAUAUGUGGGCACUAUGUUUGAAACAACCCGCUUUUUUAAUUUAUAUUCUUUACAAAUUGGUUUUAUUGUCCCAUAGUUUUGACGUCGUAUUGUCGUUACAUUGUUCCUACAUAUAUAGACAAUAGGUAAAUGAUCAAAUAAUGUAUCAGAGAUAUUGUAAAAAACAUUCUUUGAAAAGAGUAACGAUGGAGUUUCUUGCUCGUUCUUCUCCAUUCGAAGCAACACUUUGGAACGAGCGCCUAGCUUCACUGACAGACAGACUGACGGACAAUUCAAUUUGACGUUUCAAAAGUGCCUAAUUUAGGAUUAAUUGAAAUAAAUGCUUUGACUUUUUUUUUGACUUUUAAACAGUUUUUAUUUCUUUCGGGUGAUUGGUUUUUGUAAUAAACGCUGAAAUGUUUUUAUUAUUGUUAUAUUACUUAAGCACUUGUUAAUACAUACACCUAAAUUACACAAA